AUGUCUUCGGGAAUAGGCCUCUUUGUUCUACCAGAUGACUCCUCCUCCACCUUGCUCAGCAUCCAACUUUUCCUCUUUCUCGCUAUCUUAACCGCUGUUUUCAGAUUCUGGCUAGUCCCGGGUGGUCUUGCAUGGGCUCUUUCCAAAGCAAAAACCGGUGCCCCCAUUCCCGGACCAUCUGGAUUUCCCCUUAUCGGACUCAUUUUCACUUUCGGACUCAUUUUCACUUUCAUGAGUUCUUUGACUCAUAGAAAACUUGCAAACCUUUCUCAGACCUUAAAGGCAGGUCCACUAAUGGCCUUUUCGGUUGGGUUCACCCGUUUCGUUAUUUCAAGUGAUCCGGGUUCGGCUAAGGACAUUCUCAGUAGUUCUGCCUUCGCUGAUCGUCCCAUUAAGGAAUCCGCUUACGAGCUCUUGUUUAAUCGGGCAAUGGGAUUUGUUCCCUUUGGAGAAUACUGGAGAGAGCUAAGAAGGAUUUCAGCUACUUACAUGUUUAGCCCGAAGAAAAUAGCUUGUGCUGAAGGAUUCCGUAAGAACAUCUGUCAUCAGAUGAUCACACAAGUAAAAACACAAAUGGAUCUAAAAGGGGAUGUUGAGAUCAAGCAAGUUCUUCACUAUGGUUCAUUGAAUAACAUGAUGAUGACUGUUUUUGGAAAGUAUUAUGAUUUUGGUGAAAAUGGGGACGGUUUGGAAUUAGAGGGAUUUGUUAGUGAAGGAUACAAGUUACUAGGGACAUUCAAUUGGAGCGAUCAUUUCCCGAUUCUAGGUUGGCUUGAUGUUCAAGGUGUGAGAAGGAGAAGUAGGAAACUAGUUUCUAAAGUGGAUGGGUUUGUUAGAAAGAUCAUAGACGAUCACAGCAUGGUUACUGAUCAGGACAAUAAUCAUGGAUACUUUGUUGAUGUUCUUCUUGAUCUUGAGAGAGAGAACAAGAUCACCCGAUCUGAUAUGGUCGCUGUUCUAUGGGAAAUGAUCUUCAGAGGAACAGAUACUGUUGCAAUUCUAUUAGAAUGGAUUCUAGCAAGACUAGUUCUUCAUCCAGACAUUCAAGCCAAAGCUCUCGCCGAAAUUGAAACAACUAUUGGCUCUUCAAGGGCGGUAAUGGAAUCUGAUAUCCCAAACCUGCCAUACCUCCAAGCCAUCGUAAAAGAGACUCUAAGAAUGCACCCUCCAGGCCCCCUCCUUUCAUGGGCUCGUCUUGCAAUCCACGACACACAUGUUGGGCAGUACUUUGUCCCUGCAGGGACCACGGCCAUGGUGAAUAUGUGGGCCAUAGCACAUGACAAAGGAAUUUGGUCGGAGCCAGAAGAGUUCAGGCCAGAGAGAUUCAUUGAACAUGAUGUGUCUGUCAUGGGGUCUGACAUGAGGCUCGCCCCUUUUGGUUCAGGAAGGAGGGUAUGUCCCGGGAAAACUAUGGGUCUAGCUACCGUUCAUAUUUGGUUGGCUGUGCUUCUUCAGAACUUUGAGUGGACCUCUAAGGAUGAUGUGGAUUUGACUGAGGUUCUCAAGAUGUCCAUGGAAAUGAAGAAUCCCUUGGUGUGUAAAGCUGUUGCAAGGGUUUUUUGAGCAUGCUUGUUGGCUCCUUCU